AUGGUUAUGGACAAUAAGCCCUCAAUGACGGUUAUCGGUAAUCGCGUUAAUAUGGGCUUGGGCUCAACCUUGUCUGCCCUUGAAUCCAACAAUUCGGAUAUUCGCCCUCACUUUUCACCAGUACAGACUCAGCCUGAGUGGGUGAGUUCAAAUGAAUUGGUCCCGCGAUCACCGGCUCAAAAUGAAACCACGGACAUUGAGACCUUCGCCAGAACUCCAACCAGAACCAACGACCCUCUUCAACGAGUACGAAGCUCACCCUCGUACAGACCUGCUUCGCUCCCGCUGUCACCCCGCCCACGGAUCCACACUGACAUCCAUCCUUCUAUCGAGCAGCCAUCCAGGCCCCAAACCCCCAGUCCAAUAAGCCAGACACGCCAGGAAUCACCGUACUCUCUGCCAAAUACCCCCAGUGAAAGAAGCCAGCUGCGCGAUGAAAUCACCGAUGAAAUCAAAGCGUUCUCCUCGAGCCAAUUGAGCCCGCUGUCGAAACAUGAGCAACUACCCUGGUCUCGAUCCCCCAGCCCAAAAACUCAAACAUGCAACUUCCAAGCUCGGGGCUUAAUUCAAGCCCAACGGAGCCCUACCCCCGAUCCUCCCAGAUCCAACAGACGCCGCAGAACCGCUCGAAGACCGGAGUCAUACCAGAACGAGUUCAACCCAUCAGGAUCUGAAUCAAGCUCCGACGGAUCUUCCAGUGGUCAUGAAAGCCAUGCAGACCCUGUCGCAGAAAGCCGGCCCCGGUUCCGGACGCCGAAUUUUUCUCCAGGUCAGCCUGUUUCACGGUCAGCGACGCUGGUUCCCGGGUUAGAUACUUUUCCUACCUUGCCCAUGCCCCGCCAAAGCUCGCCAGCUCAAAAGAUACCAGUCAAGUCCGACCCCAUUAGGGAGAUGCUAUCGGCAAGCAUAGUACAAGGUACGAUAGAACCGGCGCCGCAGCUUAGAGCGACGAAAUUUACGAAAAGUAAACAAGCCCCUGCGGCCGCCUCUCCUACAACUCGAUGGCCAGCUGGACCGAAAGCUAAGCGAGCAACACCAGAGCCUGCUUUUGUGUCCCCGCGAAAGACAAGGUGCGUGAAGUGUGGGCGGUUGCAUGUUGGAGAUUGUUUGGAGUGA